AUGAGGGUUUGUUAUUUAACAAUUCUUGGUGCUGUGUGCUUGGUGUUGAUGUUCCCGGUUGGAAAAGGGUAAGAUAUAAAAAAAACUGUAUACCAUGAGGUUACUUUAGUAUUAAAAGUACUUUAGUUUUAGCUGGGGCUUUUUCAGUUGGGGAGCCGUCCCACGUUUUAAAAUCUUGUUUCUGGUUAGCUCCCCAAAUUUCACAGUUAUAGAAUGGUAUAGGGGUGGUCAUGGUGUCGAAUAUUUUACAAGCCAAGGAAGGUUUUAAUCUACUAAUGCCUGCGUUUUUUCACAAAUCAAAAAGAGCGAGAAGGGCUUUCUCUCUCAAGUGUUCGAGAGACACAUUACAAUUACCAGUUGAGGAGGUUCGGGUUCCUAAAUAUCUGUUUUCGUGUACAAUAUCAAUGGUCUGUUUCCGUUUGUAGAAUUCUAAGUCUAAGUUUUUCUUUACGCGUUUUUUAAAGCUCGUAAUCUUGGUCUUUUUAGAAUUGAUAUCUAACAUCCAAGAACUUCCAAAAGAACACGAGGUGUUUAGACAAUUUUGCAAACCUACUUUAGAUCGGGAUAAAAUAAUCAGGCCAUCAGCGUAUAAAACAGAAUUUAAAAUUUGGUACCGUUUGGAAGAAUGAUGGGAUAUGAUGAAGUAUUUUGAAGUGGAUAUGGUUAGUCGUUAAUAUAUAAUAAGUUUGAAAAGCAAGAGGCUUAAGAUGCAACCCAGGCGUACACCUCUCAAGCAAUGGAAGGAUCUGGUUUGACUCCUACCAAUUUUUAGGGUGCAUGAGGAGUCUGAAUAUAGGUUCUGAAUUAGCUUAUAGAAACAUCCUCCUACACGGAUUUGCAGUAAUUUAUGUAAGAAUUCUUCAUGCCAGAAGGAGUCAAAGGCCCUUUUGAAAUCAGUAAAACAAGCGUAUAUUUUUUCACGAGGACCAUGCACUAGCCUCCCACGCAGGCGUUUUUGGGGGAGCUCGUUUUUCAUCCCUCCCCACAAACGCCCGAUCAAACGCAACCGAAGACAACAUUCCAUUCCAACGCUUAGCCAAUCACAUUGUACUUUCUAAAUUCUGGAAAGUUGACCUUGACCGCAAGGUAAUCUGAUAAUUACUCGAUCUGCAUGAAACACCGGAAAAAUUUUCUAACCUUCAAUAAAUGUUAGAUUGAGAGCGGCAAAAAUAAGAUUUAAUCAAAUUUUAGAAUACUCCCUGCACUUCGUAACCUUCACGAAGGAAAGAAAAGAAGGAAAACGGUAAAUGUAGGGUCACGUUUUAGUCGCGUUUAGCCUGUCAACACUUUAUUGCACAACUGUUUAUUGGUCACUUACCACGCAAAUAAAACAAUGGAAACGGAUUGCUGUCUUCGGUUGAGCAGGCGUUUGUGUAGCCUGCGUGGGGAGGGAUGAAAAACGAGCUCCCUUAAGAACGCUUGUUUGGGAGGCUAACCAUGCACGUACUUGUCCACAAUCGUUCGUAAGGUUAGGACAUGCCAGUCUGAUGUUCGAUUUUGCUGGCAAGAAACCGAUUUGAGAUUUAUGAAGUACGUUCAGCAAAACGGCAUGUCCAAAUAGUCUUUGAAAGAAAUUAAGGACUUUAAAACUUCAGGCUUCUUACCAAUUGCAUAAGUUGCGUUCACAACUGCGAGGAUUAUUCUUCAUUUGAGUAUUUAGAAUAUUUGUUGCUUCCGUUGUGUUGUGUUAUUGUUAUUCAAAAGGUAAAAUUUGGAGUUUUUGAGAAGUUUGAAUAUCAAAUGAGUUUUAAAACGUUUCAAAAUAAAAGUACUGACUAAAGGCACUUCCCAUUCAACCCAAAUUCUGGCGAAAUCAAAUGGAACGGACAAUUACAGUUCGACCCGACCGGAAUAUUUGGGUUCAUCUGUGAAGGUAGUGCGAAGACCGGUCUGGACAUUUCGGCCAGACCGACCGAAAUGUCCCUUUCCUUUUUACAAAACUCUUGUCCCCAGUAUCGUUUUUGUAUCCUGCUUACAAGAGCAAUAACCAAACGCUCGGUGGUGGUUUGGGUCGGAAGUGUACAACCGGGAUGUUCCGAUCCAUUAAGCUCAUGGAAUUUCCGAAAUUUCAACUGACCGGAAUUUUUGUUGAAUCGAAAGCGCCCUAAAGCUUAAAUGUUAUGUUUGGUUUUCUUAGGCAACACAAGUUAACCAGAGACUUGAGCGGUGAUCAUCCCCGAGAUAUGGACGCUGAUUUUCCUCGGGUUAUGGACGCUGCCCAGUAUCCCCAUGAUAUGGACGCUGCCCAGCAUGCCCACGAUACGGACGCUGCCCAAUAUGCCCAUGAUAUGGACGCUGCCCAGUAUCCCCAUGAUAUGGACGCUGCCCAGUAUCCCCAUGAUAUGGACGCUGCCCAGUAUCCCCAUGAUAUGGACGCUGCCCAAUAUCUCCAUGAUAUGGACGCCGCCCAGUAUCCCCAUGAUAUGGACGCUGCCCAAUAUGCCCAUGAUAUGGACGCCGCCCAGUAUACCCGUGAUAUGCCCCGAGACAGGAAUGCACGGCAGUCUGGAGGUGUAAAUGUUGGUGUCGGAGACAAAGACAACGGUGUAAAUGUCGGCGUGGAUAAGGAAGGAGGUGUCGGUGUUGGCGUUGGAGUCGGAGGCAAGAAGGUUGGUGUUGACGUGGGCAAAAAUGGCCUGAAACUAAAUAUUCCCUGGUAAGUAUAUUGGUUUUUUUAAAAUUCAAUAAAUGCAAAAAUUUUGUACCAUAAACUGCGUUGAACGGUUUCAAAAUCUCUUAUACAGAUGAAAUCAUUCUUGCACUAAUAUUUAGAUUUGGUGACAGUCUUUUGGUCUAGAAAAUUGGACGUAAAGUUUAGCCGUGUCUUUAUGAGGUAUAAAGACACCCGAUAAACAUUAAUUUCUUUUGUUUUUUUUCUUUAUGAAUAAUUAACGCGUUUUUGAAGACUUGGAUAUAUAAACGGAGGGGCUUUUAUCCGAUGGGGCUUAUUACCGGACUUCGAAACAAGAUAUACAUACUAUACUGUGCCCACUAAGUUAAAUAGGUUUUGCAUUUAUAUUGGUUUCCAAUUAAGCCUCAAAAUGUCAUAACAAAUCGAAUUCAUUUCAAUCUAUUUGGAGGGAGGCUUUUAAAAAUCCGAGGGGUCUUUGAUCGGAUGCAUUUUUUUGUUUACAGGUAGAUUAGCUCAUACUUUAUGGUGAGGGUGGACUAAUAAGUGUGAUAGCUUAUGACAGGCACUUUAUACAUCGAGUUUACACACACAUAUAUAUAUAUAUAUAUAUAUAUAUAUAUAUAUGUUUGGAACUUACAAAACGAAAAGAAACCGUUUCAGAUUAAAUGGAAAAUUCUUAAGAAAUGUAAACCGUACAGCAACAUUAGCAAAAAAUGUAGUCUUUGCCUGAAUGAAAAGUUCAUAAUCAUCUGUAAAAAAGAACUGUGUGUAGCCUCAACAGAAGAAACGAAUUAGCAAGUUCAAGCCCCCACAGAAACCGAUAUGUACUUGGAAACUUUAGAGUAACGUAGCUUAAAACCCACUUAUAUCACAUUUUUUAUAACGACAGAUAAGCCCUCUUAUAUAAUGUUUUUGUUACCUAGCAACCCUUUCAACAGUUUCAUAUAACCUGAAUGUAACGUAUCUACUAUAGAAACCAUUUAAAUUUUCGCAUUUAACUGCCAGCCUUCCAAUUCCAACAGUUCAGUCGUGAAAAUUGCCUGAUGAGUGUGGUCCUUGCACCAUACGAAACAGUUGUGUAGCAAUAAAACAAUGAUUACUCGUGAAACCUGAAGUUCUGUGAAGUUAUAUAUAUAUAUAUAUAUAUAUAUAUAUAUAUAUAUAUAUAUAUAUAUAUCCCACUGCAAUCAGAAUAUACUUUAAAGGGGCGAGCAGAAAAGUAGUUGUCAUACCUUUCCCCCUCUCCCAGCAAGCACACCACCACUUCUGACGGAAUAAAUUGCAAAUACUGUAAAUCUACGUAUAUAUAUAUUUGUUUUGUUUCUCUUUUUAUCAAAUCAAGUAUCGGUUGAGUAAACUCUAUAAAGUUGGUAUAAAGUUGAAUGAAUUGAAAUUAAACUGAAAAUUAGAUUAAGUAAAAAAUUUGAAAAAAAACCCCAAAUUUGUAAAAUUGUGAAUUGAUUAAAGGCUUGAAUUCCAUUUGCAACGAAAAUCCGAUUACCAAUUUCCUGAGAAGUGAAGUCAAUUUGAGUUUUUAGGCUUACUAAAUUCUAAUAUUAAUGAUAUUUUUUUUAGGUGGAAGUGAAAGUAUCAAGUCAAGCAAAGCCAGGACAAGUAAAGAUGUACAGAGCAUAG